GCCCCCCAGGCCCAGCCUUGAAUCGCGCCUCACAGAGCCAUCCGCCGCUGGGUCCUCCCGGUCUCCACCUUGCUCUAGACCGUGGUGUGGGCGCGUCCCCAAGGCCUGGGUGUCCGGCGUGCUUCUUUGCCAAUCCCAAGCCGCCCGCGAGGACUGCUGAGGCCGCAGGAGUUGUUGGAAGAACAAUGCACAUGAAUCUUUGACAUCAUGAUGUACGUCCGGCAAAGAAAAGAGACAAAAACCAUAGAAGUUUCUGAGGAUUUUCUAUCACCAAAAGAAAAUGUGAAGUUGGAAAAGAAAUUGCCAUCUGGUUGUGCCUCGGGAAGGUUCUGGAAGAUCCUGUCGUCUGUGGUUGGUGGAAUCGUGGCCCUUUGCAUUGGACUUCUUACAUCUGUCUACCUGGCCACCCUGCAUGAGAAUGAUUUGUGGUUUUCCAAUAUUAAGGAAGUAGAGCGAGAAAUCUCAUUCAGGACGGAAUGUGGACUGUAUUAUUCAUACUACAAGCAGAUGCUGCAGGCGCCGACCCUCCUGCAAGGUUUUCGUGGCCUAAUCUAUGACAAUAAAACGGAAUCCAUGAGGACGAUUAACCUCCUCCAACGAAUGAAUAUUUACCAAGAAGUUUUCCUCAGUGUUUUGUAUAGAGUCCUCCCCAUACAGAAAUAUCUAGAACCUGUUUAUUUUUAUAUCUACACUCUUUUCGGGCUCCAAGCAGUCUACGUCACAGCCCUUUAUAUCACCAGCUGGCUUCUCAGUGGCACCUGGCUGUCAGGACUGUUGGCAGCUCUCUGGUACGUCACCAACAGAACAGAUACCACGAGAGUUGAGUUUACCAUCCCGCUGAGGGAGAACUGGGCUCUGCCUUUCUUCGCAAUUCAGAUUGCGGCAGUUACCUACUUUCUGAGACCAAACUUACAGCCUCUGUCUGAAAAGCUGACACUUGUUGCCAUUUUCAUAUCAACUUUUCUCUUCAGCCUGACAUGGCAGUUUAACCAGUUCAUGAUGCUGCUGCAGGCGCUGGUGCUAUUCAUCCUGGACUCCGUGGACAUGCUACCGGCCGUGAAGGCCACCUGGCUGUACGGCAUACAGAUAAGCUGCUUGCUCCUCGUCUGCAUGCUUCAGUUUUUUAACUCCAUGAUUCUGGGAUCGCUGCUCAUCAGUUUUAACCUUUCGGUAUUAAUUGUAAGAAAACUUCAGAAAAACCUAAAAACUGGGACCUUCCUGACUAGGAUUGGAAAACUAUUGUUGCAUUUACUUCUAGUUUUCUGUUUGACACUUUUUCUCAACAACGUUAUUAAGAAAAUUCUGAACCUGAAGUCAGACGAGCACAUCUUUAAAUUUCUGAAGGCCAAGUUUGGGUUUGGAGCCACCAGGGACUUCGAUGCGAAUCUCUACCUGUGUGAAGAAGCCUUCGGCCUCCUGCCUCUCAACACAUUCCACAGGCUCUCGGAGACACUGCUGUUUUACGCAUACGUGUUCGUCUUGUUGGUCACAGUGAUCACGGCUUCGGUGGUUGCCUUUCAUAACCUCAGUGAUUCCGCGAGUCUGCAGCCCAUGGGUCAGACAAGAAAGUGUGCAGUUGACCUGAAACCAGAAGCCGCUUACAACUUAAUCCACACCAUUCUGUUCGGGGUCCUGGCGCUGAGUACGAUGAGGAUGAAGUACCUGUGGACCUCCCAUAUGUGUGUGUUCGCAUCGUUUGGCCUGUGCAGCUCUGAGAUCUGGGAGUUGCUCCUGAGGCUGGUUCAUCUCUGUAACCCAAAGAGGAUCUGGGUCAUGCGGUAUUCGGUGCCCAUAGUCACCCUGCUGUACCUGUGCUGUAAGUCCUGGCCAGGAAUGAUGGAUGAACUCUCGGAGUUGAAAGAAUUCUAUGACCCAGAUACAGUGGAACUCAUGGACUGGAUUAGCUCUAACACACCAAGAAAGGCCGUGUUCGCUGGGAGCAUGCAGCUGCUGGCUGGAGUCAAGCUGUGCACGGGACGGACCCUAACCAACCACCCACACUAUGAAGACAAAAGCCUGAGAGAGCGGACCCAAGCGGUUUAUCAGAUAUACGCGAAACGGUCUCCAGAGGAAGUGCACUCGCUCCUGAGGUCCUUUGGCGCUGACUUUGUGAUCUUGGAAGAUAGCAUCUGCUACGAACGCAGGCACCAAAGGGGCUGCCGGCUGCGUGAUUUGCUGGACGUCGCCAACGGACACGAGAUGGAUGGGCCAGGAGAGAGUGACCCCGACUUGAGACCUGCAGACCACCCUCGCUUCUGUGAGGAGAUUAAAAGGAACCUGCCCUCCUAUGCAGCUCACUUCACUAGAGUAUUCCAGAACAAGACAUUCCACGUCUACAAACUGUCCAGAAACAAGUAACCGUGUCCAUCCUUAAAACCCCAGUGCAUCUGCGGCUGACGGAGUCAGUGUCUGUGAGUCAGGAGCAGGGCUGGCAGGAGUGCUGGGAUUGCGGGCAGCUGCAGACCACUCCGCCAUCCUCCGAAACCCUUCCACUAACGCCUGGCUCUUCCAUCCCGUCUCUGCCUUUUCCAUGAGUGUUCUUUCGCCUAACUGUGUGUACCUGUCCAAGACUGGGACUGUGCCACUGAGGGAGUCGUGUGUGACCCACUGGUGGCCUGGAAAAUGAGAGCCUAUU